CCUCGGUUUGGGUACUUUCUUGACCGCUUUCAAAAAGAGGAGACACCAAAAAAAAAAAAAAGAGAGAGAGAUUAUACUUACACACUGGGCAGCACGGGAAUAGCUCCAUUGUCAAGGGGCGGAGUCUGGAGGGCUUGGGAAAAACAAAAAUUUUGGGCAAAUUUCUUUUCCUUUCCUUGUUUUUUUCCUCUUUUUCUUUUUCUGGACAAGGCAAUUAAUCUGGCACGAGCUCUGCAGCCGGCGAAACCUCUGCAUGGGUAUUCUGCCUAAGGGAACCAGGGCGCUUUUUUUUGAUACCAUCAUGUUCUAUUUGUAGAUUAGAUGUAGCAUGUACGCUAAUAUAUUAUGAUCUUUACGAGACAGAUUUUGUUUUGCGACUCUCAUUGCGGUGCCGUAUCCGCCAUUUGAGGUAUACAAUGCUCGACUACCGGCGUUGGGCACAUGCACAGAAACAAGGGACAAGGAGACGCAUGCAAGUGCAUAGACCAAUUAAUAGACACUACUCGGUAUGUGUUUUGGGAGAAGUACAUAAGCCACUUGUUUCUUGCGUUUAUGCAGGGAGUCAAUUCCCAACAUGCAAGGUUGUGUUUCACAAGGACAUGAUUGAGUGUGUAAUGGUAGUGUGUGGGAGGGGAUAAAAAGAAAGGCCAUUGGCAUCACACAAUUCGAUAUGACGUGGGGGCAAAAAGGUAUCAUUCGAAGCAGCGCAUG